UGACAGGGAACAAAAUCCCUUUCAUUUUGCAUUCAACAUGGCGACUUCCAUGGAACCCUCCUUCAGCGUUUGGAAAGCACUCGUUUUAAAACGAUUACAGACUCGAAAUGAGCUGGAAUCCGGGAAUUUCAAGGCACUACUGGAAACACAUAAUAAACUGUUCAAUAAUCUCGACUCGGUGCGGGCACAGAAUCUACAGCUUCAGAUCCAGGUGGAAAAACUCAGGCAGGAAAAUUCCGAGCUGCAGAUCAAAGCGCAGUCAGGGAUAGGUAGUACUGGUGGAACCAAAGGAGAAAAAACUCAGGCCCUGGAACAAAAACUGUUCAGGCUUCAAGAAGAGUUAACGGAUAUGCAUCGCAAGAAAGGAGAGAAUGCACAGCAACUCAUAGACCUCAGCGCCCAGCUCCAGGAGAAAGAUAAGGAGUUACAACUCAAAGACACGAGACUGCUAGAGUCUGAUGUAAAGAUCAGUGCUUAUGAGGACGAGUUGAAGAACUUAGAGAAAGCUCUGAUGGAAUUGCAGAAGACAAAUGAAACACUGAAGGACGAACAGGACGCACUACAGCUCCUCUACACCAAGACGGAGGACACGAUACGUCGUGUCCAGGAGGAGAAUGCCGACCUAGUCACGCGCUGGAUGCAGGAGAAGGCCCAGGAUGCCUUCCGGAUGAACCGAGAGAACGAGACCUGGCUCAAGAAGAAGCAGGAGGAGGUGCAGAAGAAACUGGUGGAGGCGGCCAAGGAUAUCCACGUGGAGCCUACCCACGGCAACCCUAAGUACCUUGAGAUGUCUUCGCCCGCCAACUCUGCAAUCUGCAUUUGUGCUGUGGUGCCGGACAGAGCCAUAUCCCAACUGGAUGCUCAUGAUGGGGAAGUCAAUGCUGUCCGGUUCUGUCCCUCCGGUCGGAUGUUUGCAUCAGCCGGAGCCGACCGCAAGCUCAAACUCUGGGAGUUAACAAGCUUAACAUCCUCGUGUCAGUCCAGGGGCAUUCUAAUGGGCAGCAACGCGGCCGUCAUGUGCAUUGACUUUGACCAACAGGAGCAGUUUGUUCUCGGCGCGUCCAACGAUUACGCCACGCGAGUCUGGGGGGCGCAGGACCACAGGUUACGUCACACGUUAACAGGUCACGGGGGUAAGGUGCUAGCAGCCAGGUUCUUAGGCGAUUCCAACAAGGUGGUCUCUGGCAGCCACGACAGAACGCUGAAAAUCUGGGAUCUUAGGAGUCGGGCUUGUACGAAAACCAUUUUCGCUGGGUCAAGUUGCAAUGAUCUCGUCACCAGCGACGGAAGGGGGACGAAUAUCAUCAGCGGCCACUUCGACAGAAAGAUACGUUUCUGGGACACAAGGUCGGGCGACGCCAGGGCUAACGAGUUUGAGCUCUCCGGUAAGAUCACAUCGUUGGAACUGAGCACCGACCGGCAAUACUUGCUGUCCUGCUCCAAGGACGACGCGCUCAAGCUCAUCGAUGUCCGGAUGAACAAAGUAGUCGGCACGUUCUGUGCGGAGGGUUUCAAAGUAUUCUUGGAGUACACGAGGGCAGCGCUCAGCCCGGACGGGGUGUACGCAGCGUGCGGGUCUCAGGACGGCUCCAUCUACGUGUGGAAUAUGCAAACCAUGAAACUAGAGAAGACUCUCAAGGAACAUAGUGCGCCUGUAAUAGCGGUAACCUGGCACCCAAACGGCACGAAGAUGCUGAGCUGUGACCGCAACAAGAAAGUCAUCAUGUGGGCUGACUUCUGAAGGGGAAUGGCAGCCUGAACUGUCUGGUCACCAGGCUAGGCAAGAUGAUUUUUUUUAAACGGCACAGAACAGAAAAUGAAGACUAUAAUUAAAAGGUAGCGUCCAUUUGUAAUUUGUGCAUUUUGUUCAUUUGAAGCAACAAAAGUGCUCAAAAUCUAAAGAAGGGUGCUGAACAACUUACCUGAUGAAGUUUCAGCUCAGCUUCAGCUGUAUAUUCC